AUGAAGGGAGCUGCUGCAUUGCUUGUCGCUCUAUCCACGAGUGUGGUGAACGGUCACCCAGUCGUCGACAAUCGCUACCCAUAUACGGGUCCUGCAGUCCCUGUGGGUGAUUGGGUUGACCCAACCGUCAAUGGCAACGGGAAGGGAUUCCCUCGUCUAGUGGAGCCUCCGGCAGUCAAACCCGCGUCGACAAACCCGAAAAAUAAUGUCAAUGUAAUUUCGUUGUCGUAUGUCCCGAACGGAAUUCACAUCCACUACCAAACGCCGUUUGGAUUGGGCGAGGCCCCCUCGGUCAAAUGGGGGAAGUACCCUAAUGAGCUGCAUCAUAUUGUCUAUGGGUUCACCCACACGUACGAUCGGACUCCGUCUUGCGCUGAGGUCAAAGCCGUUACACAGUGCAGCCAAUUCUUCCACGAGGUCCAGCUGAAUCACCUGAAGCCUGGAACGACAUACUACUAUCAAAUUCCCCCUGCCAACGGAACAACUGCGUCCGAUGUUUUGAGUUUCACAACGGCCCAGGCUGCCGGUGACAAGUCCCAAUUCAAUGUCGCCGUGUUAAACGACAUGGGAUAUACUAAUGCUGGAGGCACGUACAAGCAGUUGGUCAAGGCUGUCAGCGAGGGAACCGCUUUCGCCUGGCACGGUGGUGACAUGAGCUACGCCGAUGACUGGUAUUCUGGUAUCCUCCCUUGUGCGGACGACUGGCCGCUUUGUUACAACGGCACCGGCACGACGCUCCCUGGCGGAGGACCGAUUCCAGAUGAUUACAAGACACCUCUACCAGCUGGGGAAAUCCCUAAUCAGGGGUCACCCCGGGGCGGGGAUAUGAGUGUUUUGUAUGAAUCGAACUGGGAUCUCUGGCAACAGUGGCUUGGCAAUAUUACCACCAAGAUCCCGUAUAUGGUCCUGCCUGGAAACCAUGAGGCUGCCUGCGCAGAGUUUGAUGGAGCUGGAAACGUAUUGUCUGCAUACCUAGACGAAGGCAUCUUAAAUGGUACUCUUCCAAAGACAAAUCUUACCUACUACAGUUGCCCGCCCUCCCAGAGAAACUUCACUGGUUACCAACACCGCUUCCAUAUGCCCGGCCAUGAAACCGGCGGCGUUAGCAACUUCUGGUACUCCUUCGACUACGGGCUAGCCCACUUCGUCUCCAUCGACGGCGAGACCGACUUCGCUAAGAGCCCCGAGUCCCCCUUCCAAACGAAAGUCAAAGGCGACGAAAAGCUCCCCACCGCGUCAGAAACAUACAUUACCAACAGUGGUCCAUUCGGUGAAGUCGAUGGCAGCUUCAACGAAACAAAGUCCUACGCCCAGUUCAAAUGGUUAAAGAAGGACCUGGCCAAGGUCGACCGCAAAAAGACCCCCUGGGUAUUUGUUAUGAGUCACCGGCCCAUGUACAGCUCGGCGUAUUCUUCGUAUCAGAAACAUGUGCGCGAGGCCUUUGAAAGUGUAAUGCUUGAAUAUGGGGUCGAUGCCUAUUUCUCUGGCCACAUUCACUGGUACGAACGUCUCUUCCCUCUUGGUGCAAACGGGACUAUCGACUCCCCAUCCAUUAUCAACAGCCAUACCUACCGCACUAAUGCAGGUAAAUCCAUGACACACAUUGUAAACGGCAUGGCAGGUAACAUCGAAAGCCACGCGGAGUUUAGCAAAGGCCAGCAUCUCACGAAUAUUACGGCCGUUCUGGACAAAACCCACUACGGAUUCAGUAAGCUCACUGUUGUUAAUGAAACGGCCGUCAAGUGGGAGUUUAUCCGUGGCGAUGAUGGGUCAGUGGGGGAUCAUCUUUUGUUGCUCAAGGGGUCUGGCUCCAGACCUGGAUCUGAAGGUGGAAGGGGGGGAAGAGUAUAUGCAGUCUAG